GCGACGUGUUAUGCAGCCUAACAAAAAGCAGAAAGUUGAAACCGAACCGAACGAUAGCGCCUCGUUCACUCCAAAAUAUAUCUAUUCCUGUUAUUGAGAGUAGACCUAUGGUUUCCAUGAAUGAACCAAUGAAGAACAUGCAAGGUGCAAUGGAUCGAAAAACUGUUACCGCAAACCAACGUAUUCACCUAACAAACGAAAGACACGUUGUUGUUCAGCUCUGGGGGACUGAUUACUUUGUAUGUAUAAGGGACUUCUAUAUGACGGAAGAAAACGGUUUCUUUAAACCUUGUAAAAAAGGGAUUAAUCUUCCUCUCAAGCAAUGGUACGAAAUGCUACAAAGGAUAAAAGAAAUCGAAGAAAUGAUAAGUGAAGUUUAUGGAAAAUUUGUGAAAGAAACGAUGAAGGGACCCUUAGAUAGUAACACUGUUUCUGCUACAUCUACCAAGCGUAUAUUUCUUACAGAAAACAGGCACGUUAUUGUUCAGAGGUGGUAUCCCCAAUUGUUCGUUUGUAUCAGAGAGUAUUAUAAGACGGAAGAAAACGGUGACUAUAAACCAGGCAGAAAGGGGAUUAAUCUUCCCCUCUAUCAAUGGUUUGAAAUGUUGAAAAGAGCUAAUGAAAUUGAAGACAUGGUACGUGAAAUUAAGGGUCAUGAUGACAAUGACAAUGGUAAACAUCCUGACGAAACAAUGGGUUUUAAAAGACCCGAAUCGAACAAUGAGAACAACUAUAGCAAUUGGCUAAGCCAGCCUGAAGAAGAUGAUGACGAUGAUUGCGAUUAUGAUUGUAAAGAUACUUAUUGUUGAAAUCAUCCAAGAACUGUAUAUAAACUUGCUGGUAAAAAUUGAAAACUUCAUUCGAAACUUUCUACUACCGACU